AGAAACCGAAAAACAAUCCAUUCUAUGAAGUUUAAACCAUGGAUCCCUGGCUUAUUUUGUAUGCCACUGCUUUUAUUUCCAUGGACAUAAUAGGGAUCCCUGGUAACCUAUUCAUCUUAUUUGCCUUCCUUCACAUAUUCCACGACCAAGGGAGAGUCACCAUAGGAGAAAUUAUCCUUGCCAAACUCGCUAUAUCUAACCUUCUAGUCAUCUUAACAUGGGGAAUUCCAAUUACCCUGCAAACAACAGGCCUUAUGAAGAUGUAUGGAGACAUAUUCUGCCAAAUAAGCCUUUACUUUUAUUGUAUAGGGAGGGCUAUGUCUGUUAGCAUUACUUCUUUACUGGGAUGUUUUCAGUGCAUUUCAAUUGCUCCAUCAACAAAAUGUUGCCUACCUCUAAAAAGAAAAUUCCUUGACCACCUGUAUACAAUAAUGGUAUUGCUCUGGAUUUUUAAUCUCAUUAUAAGCAGCACAAGAUUGCUUUAUUCAACAUCUUCUUUGAAAAAUGUCACUUCUCCAUAUGUCAUGAGUUACAGUUUUUGUUUUGUCAUCUUUCCAAGUUAUCUGGUCUACUUAGGUAAUGGAGUGAUUUAUGUAGUCCGUGAUUUGUUCUUCCUGAGUCUUAUGAUGUUGUCCAGUGGCUAUCUACUACAUAUUUUCUAUAAUCAUCGAAAACUGGUGAAAUGCAUAAAAAUCUAUAUGAGUAAGCAUGCUGAAAUAGGUGCAGCAAAAGCUGUGCUUGCCUUGCUUAUCAUGUACAUUAUUAGUUUUGGCUUAGAUAAUGUAUUCUGGAUCCUCACGCUCUACACCUCCAAAUGGUCUAACCGUGUUACCGAAGCACGGAUAUUUUUUGAUUCUUGCUUUUCUGCCAUUAGCCCCGUUGUGAUCAUCUUAACCAACAAAAAAAUCCAAAUGGGUCUUCGAUGCUCAAAAAAAGAAAAGAAGCACCGUUCUGUGAAAGUUAUAUCAACUGUAGUGCUUAGGAAGAGGUUUUAGAUUUUAUUUUACUAUAUAUAUGACACAAAAAACAAGUCAAAUAAAGGUUCAAAUAGAGCUGUGAGCCCACUCCCCAUGUUUGAAAAAUCAUCUCUCCAUGUAAAAGAAAAAUGACAUGUAAAGCAUCAAACACAGUAUUAUUCAUUCUUUGUAUUAAACAGAUCAGGUACAAAACUAGCUAUCAAAUGGCCAGAUUAAAUUUAGUUUAGAAUAAGUUAUUUCAUGGUUUAUUACGUGAAAACUCAUGGACGAGAUUAAAUUUGAGGAGAAAAAGCUGUUCUCCAAAUUCAAUUCCAGUUUUCACAAUGAAAUACGUUUUUCUGAUUUCUCAUUGAAUUGAAUCUGGCCCAAAGUCUGAUGGGAAAGGAAAUUAUGGGACAGUUAUGAUCCAUUCCUGAAGGAAUAACGCCAUAUUCAGCAGCCCUAUAAUUCUAAUAACCCGCGCCUCCAAAGUUGCCAUCGGCAGAUUUUCAUUUUAUGACUGUUAAUUCAUAUUUGAGUGCCACUGCACACGCUCAGUAUGUUACAGGCUGCUUUUGAGAAGCGAAGGUUAGGAGUUAUUCAAAAUCAUCAAAACAUAUACAAUUUGUCUCACAGGCUAAUAUCAAAGAUACCCUUAAACAGAGUGUUGCAUGCUAGUGUACUCCCUAUAAACAGUAUAUCUUGUAUGCAUAAAGUUUAUAGGAAAUGUCCAUUGCCAAAUAUUUUCUGAUGCAUGAGACCAUUUCUUUCUACAUGAAUUUUGUGCAAAUGGCCUUUGCAUGUCUAAGUUUAAAUGUCUCAUUUUAAUGCAUAUAAAUAAAUAGUACAUAGUAAGUUAGGUUGAAAAAAGACACACGUCCAUCAAGUUCAACCUUUUAAGUCUAUUUAUAACCUGCCUAACUGCUAGUUGAU